CUCGCGUUCUUCAACAUUGUCUUGGAAACAUGUUGAAUAAUUAUCUGUAGAAAAUUACAUAAUAUGCCUAUUGUAUUCUGUAAAUAUGUGCAGACAAUCCUUUCCAGUUGUCUUCCACAACUCAUUUAGUCCUCAGCACCAUUAGGAGAUAUCAGUCAGCCUAUCUCAAGUAAAGGGUUCUAUUGCAUUUCGCCUUUUUGUGCGUUCCCAAAAAGCACUUUUACGCGCCUUUACGCACCAACCAAAUACAACUUCGGAUACUAUGUUUUUAGUCCAUCUGAAACAAAAUGUGUAUAUGGUUUCCAUAGUUUGCAUUCAAAAAACAUUGUGAUUCUUUCAGGUAGCAGUGGCUUUCCAGAGUUGACAGUAGGCUUCAGACGACUAGAGGCAGAGAGGCGCACAGCUUUACAUAGCCCACUGUCUCAAUGCAAUGCUAUUGAAAAGCUACCAAUUGCAUCAAAUCUGCCUUGAUUUCCUUUUGAUUUCUUGUGUUAGGAAAGGAGAAUAACGACCAUUAGACCACUGAAAAUCGCCAGGUUGUUGACCAAAGCUAAUGUGUCAGAAAUGUAGAGGCGCUGUGCGGAGGCUGCUGUGUCUACUGAGAGGGGUAUUGUCGUUGCGAGUAUGCAGAGCGUGUGACACUGAUGGAUGCGCCAAUGGUUAGACGGACAGAUGCUUGGGCGGAUCUAACGGUAUGCAGUGGUGUAGUGGCAUACGCAGCGAGAUUAGGCUAAAACAUCCGGAAUCAGUGAAAGACUGUUCUUUCUCAUCCCUCAACAAGCCUGGCGAACGGAGAGGAGAUCGUGUUCCCAUCGAGCGACUCCUCUGCCACUAACAAGGGAUUGAUCCCCUCUGCGGUCAGAUAUGUCUGACUAUUGACUAGCGUGAGACUGGGAAACCACGACACGGCAAAGACACGGACACACACAUCUGGCAGAAGAAAACAUCCUUUGACAACUUACCGUGUUCUGGUUAGCGAGAAAAUCAUUUGCACCCACAGUCAUAACCUUUCCAGCAGACAGCGGACCAAUUGUAUUCUAUCUUGAAGAUGAUCUGAAAAAGAGGGAUAAUUUUUCCACUUUCCCCCUAAAUAAUACAGAAAAUUCUCUGUAAGUUUUUUUCUUUACUGUGAGGGGAAACAUUUGAAAGAAAAAGCUGAUAGUGUCUGUGAUGGUCCCAAAUCUGGAGGAUGGGGAUGUGUGCAUCAUUUUGACCUCACCGUAAAAAAAAAAACGAACCUACUAUUCUUUCCAUUCUGUAUCAAACAAAAACAAGAAGAGCGCAUGAUACGGAUUUUGUGCAUGCCCCACAUGAGCAGAAGAAGGCAUCUUGCAGUGAGGAAGACUCGACUGAUUCGCUGUUGCUGUUUUAAAUACCUACUAUCAGCCACACAAAGAAGAGGAAAAAGUGCUAUUAGCAGCCAAGAAAGUGUUUGGCAAUAGCUGCUGAUCCAUGCUCUCAGAGCAGCUGAGGCACAGCACGAGUCCAUCCCCUCCUUCUGAUGUACAUUAUUACAACAAGGGAUACCCAAUCAAGCACGUAUCUCAUCGAUUCGAACUGCUCUCCGUGGAUUUUGAACGCGCUUGGACAAAAUAACGGAGCGAGCCAGCGUGUGGGCGACAAGUCCGUCCAUCUCUUCUUACAACCUUUGCCUUUACCCCGCUAUCUUAAAAACAAUAUAUAUAUUUGUUGAUGCUUUUAAGGGGACUUGGAAAGACUGGGAUUUUCAUACGAUGGCUACAGCGACGCUGAGAUUCUGCCUUGCUGGUUUUUAAAUUGCGUGUGAUGACUGGAUAUCGAAAUCCUCAUGGAUAACGCAGUUAAUCGACGGAUUGACGUAUGCCCCUGAGGAUGAGAAGGAGGCUGCCCUGCUCGAUGAAGACCUGGAGGGGGAGGACUCUGCCGGGGAGGAGGAGCCUGCGGUGAAGUACAUGUGCCAAGACAAGGACUUCCUUUUCAAUGACCGGCCUGGUUUCCACGACUCCCCCGUGGCCGACUUCUCCGGCCAUGAGUUGGACAAUGAGUCUCACCUGAGUGAGUCCAGUGACCGCAUGUCAGACUUUGAGAGUGCCUCUCUCAGAAAUGAGGAGGAGGCCGCGAAGGUGCCACUAACGCCCUUGUCGCCAUCUUCCUCUGUCACGAUGGCCACCAGCACAGCUGUAGCCACGGAGGACGGCGCCACCACCGGGCCAGACAGCCUGGAGCAGAUGAAGGCCAUCUACACCAGCUUCCUGACCAACUCUUACUGGUCGUCUCUGAACCUCAACCUCACCCAGCCGCCAGCGGUGGAGAAACCUCCACGCAGCCACAGCAGCAGCAGCAGUAGCAGUAGCAGCAGUUGUGGCAGCAAUGGCAAUGGUUACGACUGGCACCAGUCCGCCGUAGCCAAGACCCUCCAGCAUGUCUCUCAGAACCAGAACCGGCUCAACCACCCUGCAGCGGAGCAAAACAACCUGUUCAGCACCGUGCAGCUCUACCGUCAGAGCACCAAGCUCUACGGCUCCAUCUUCACAGGUGCCAGUAAGUUCCGCUGCAAGGACUGCAGCGCUGCCUACGACACGCUGGUGGGGCUGACUGUACACAUGAAUGAGACAGGCCACUACCGCGAUGACAACCACGAGACGGACAGCGACGGCACCAAGCGCUGGUCCAAGCCACGUAAACGAUCCCUCCUGGAGAUGGAAGGGAAAGAAGAUGCUCAGAAGGUUCUGAAGUGUAUGUACUGUGGACAUUCCUUUGAGUCUCUGCAGGACCUCAGUGUCCACAUGAUUAAGACAAAACACUACCAGAAAGUGCCUCUGAAGGAGCCAGUGACUCCUGUGGCAGCCAAGAUCAUCUCCUCCGCCCGGAAGAGAGCCCCCAUUGAGCUCGACAUCCCCAGCUCCCCAGACUCCAAUGGGUGCACCCCAAAACCCUCCCUAAAUGACCCUUAUGACGCCCUCCAGAAGGCAUCCAACCCCUACAUCACCCCAAACAACCGUUACGGACACCAGAAUGGAGCCAGUUAUGCAUGGCAGUUUGAGUCCAGGAAGUCCCAGAUCCUUAAAUGCAUGGAAUGUGGCAGCUCCCACGACACACUUCAGGAGCUAACAGCACACAUGAUGGUGACCGGUCACUUCAUCAAGGUCACAAACUCUGCCAUUAAGAAAGGCAAGCCCAUCAUGGAGUCUCCCCCAACACCCAUCCCGAUCAUCUCUGCUGGUGAGGAGAAAUUCCAGUCUGUGCCACUGGCAGCCACAGCAUUCUCCCCACCUCCUCCACCCAUACCUCCUCCCUCUAGUGUUUCCCCUGCCAUGGCUGUGGAGAUUAAGAAGGAGGAGAAGGAAGAGGAAUGUAUGAAGGAAACCGCUAACAGCAGCAAAGACAAGAAGACCGGAGAUGACGAGACAGAGGAGAAAUUUGAUAUCUCCUCCAAAUACUCUUACUUAACAGAGGAAGAUCUGGAGGAGAGCCCUAAGGGAGGGUUUGACAUCCUCAAGUCCUUGGAGAACACAGUGACAACAGCCAUCAACAAAGCACAGAACGGUGCUCCCAGCUGGGGGGGCUACCCCAGCAUCCAUGCUGCAUACCAGCUCCCAAACAUCAUGAAGCUCUCACUGGCCAACUCAGGGAAGAGCUCAGCCCUGAAGUACAUGUUCCCUGGAGGAGAGACCCUUUUCCAAAAUGCCAAAAACCAACCUCUGAUCUCCCCUCCCAGCCGCCAGACCUCUCCUCUCCCCAAAAACAACUUCCACGCCAUGGAGGAGCUGGUGAAGAAGGUGACUGAGAAAGUAGCCAAGGUGGAGGAGAAGAUGCGGGAGCCCAGUGUAAGGGCUUCCCCAAGGAGACAAGCCACACCCUCCCCCUGCAGCAGCGAGGCCGGGGAGUCAGCCAGAGGGGAGUCCCCUAAAGGGAGGAGAGGGUCUAAAACCCCCGAGAGCAUCGGAGGAGGCAGCCACAAAGACUGUAACGGUGACGCCAAUAUGAAGGAGUCGCUGGAGAAUGGAAUGGAGUCUGCUGUCAAAUCCCCCAUCUCUGCCUUGUGUGGCGGCACAGCCAUUAUUACAGACCACCCGCCAGAGCAGCCCUUCGUCAAUCCUCUAAGUGCGCUUCAGUCCGUGAUGAACGUCCACCUGGGUAAGGCGGCCAAGCCUGCUCUGCCGUCCCUGGACCCCAUGAGCAUGCUCUUCAAGAUGAGCAACAGCCUGGCAGAGAAGGCCGCGGUCGCCGCUUCCACCCCAGCUCAGACCAAAAAAAACAACGAGCACUUAGACCGCUACUUCUACCACGUCAACAACGACCAGCCAAUAGACCUGACCAAAGGCAAGAAUGAAAAGAGUAGCUCCCUGGGUUCGGCUGCCCUGUCGUCAUCCACAUCAACACCCUCCUCGGGCUCCCCCUCCUCCACAGCCACCAUGGCCAAGGCCUCGUCCGUUGUGGCCUCGUUCAUGUCCAACUCCCCGCUGCGUGAGAACGCCCUGUCUGACAUAUCAGACAUGCUGAGAAACCUGACAGAGAGUCAAGCUUCCAAGUCCUCCACGCCCACCAGCCUGUCGGAAAGGUCUGACCUCGAGGGUUCCACUCAAGAGGAGCUAGAGGAGAUCUCUCCAGCCCAGAAACGCAAGGGCCGGCAGUCCAACUGGAACCCCCAGCACCUGCUGAUCCUACAGGCCCAGUUUACUGCCAGCCUCCGGCAGACUGGCGAUGGGAAGUACGUGAUGUCAGACCUGAGCCCCCAGGAGAGGAUGCACAUCUCCCGUUUCACAGGCCUCUCCAUGACGACCAUCAGCCACUGGCUGGCCAAUGUCAAGUACCAGCUGAGGAGAACCGGAGGGACGAAGUUCUUAAAGAACCUGGACUCAGGCCACCCAGUGUUCUUCUGCAGCGACUGUGCUUCUCAGAUCCGUUCCCCCUCCACCUACGUCAGCCACUUGGAGUCUCACCUGGGCUUCAGACUCCGAGACCUGGCCAAACUGUCUGGAGAGCAGCUUGUCAGCCAGAUCUCACGUCACGCCAAAAGCCUGUCCGAAAAACUGCUCUCCAACCACUCCCACUCCAACCCUCACUCCAUCUCCCACGCCCACUCCCCGUCUCCCUCCCCUGACGAGGACGGCAGCAGCACCUCGUAUCAGUGCACGCUCUGCAACCGGACUUUUGCAAGCAAGCACGCAGUCAAGCUCCACCUGAGCAAGACCCAUGGGAAAUCCCCAGAGGACCACCUUAUGUAUGUGUGUGAGCUUGAGAAACAGUAGCACUAAGCUGUGGACAUGCUGCACUCUCUCUCUCUCUCUCUCUCUCUCUCUCUCUCUCUCUCUCUCUCUCUCUCUCUCUCUCUCUCUCUCUCUCUCUCUCUCUCUCUCUCGUUCUAUCUUUAGCCUUUCACAGACAUUUCUUUUAACAAAAAAGGACUAAAAACUAUUAAGUGAUGAAACUGCACAAAGAUGCCGUGGAACUACUGUUUAGUUUCGGCACAUGGUUUCAGAUUUUCUUUAAAAGGGAGACUCACUCUGGCCCAAGAAGCUUUUGUUUGUUUAUCCUUUUUAUGAAAAAGACGGUCAUUUUCUAAAUGUGCAGUGUUGAAGAAAGAGGUGCUGUUGUCACUGAUGAAACAAAUGAAGGUUGAACAAUAUUUUAAAAUGAAGUGGUAUGUAUUUGAAAGUUGUGUAAAUUGGAUUUGAUUUCUUUAUAUUCUGGCAUCCUUGAGAUGCGGUAAGCUGCAUGCAUAAAUGAAACAGUUUAGUUGAACAUUUGGUUAACUAAAUCUGGUGCACUUUUCUUUUCUCUCUCUCUUUCCCUCUCUUUUUGUUAAUGUGAUCUUUAUGUGCUGGUGUCAGCAUCUGAAAUUUAACCCUCUGAGUACGGCCAAGCACUUCUACCCGAAUGAUCCCAAAACCCUUCUCAAAACAAACUAUUUUAGAUUGGAAUUGACCAAGCUAUUGUGUGGUUUGUAAGCGGCACAAUGAAAGCACCACAUGUCCCUGUCCAACAACCAAUCUCUAAAGAUGCAUCGUACGUGAUGCAAAAUCUCAAUCUGGAGUCGUUUACUUUGUUUAAAUCAGGGACCUUUAUGAAUUCAGGUCUGUGUAAAAAUGUAUCUAAAAACAUAUAUACUAAUUCCUGUCUAAAUUAUGCAUCAUUUUUAUAUUUUUAAUUUAAGAGGAGUAUGACUAUCUACUGGUGCACAAUAUAUGAAGACAUGAAUGAAAUUGUUUUGCACAAUACUUUUGUAAAAUAUGUUAUUUAAUCCAAUGAUAUGAAAAUAAGAGGAACAAAAUGACCCAGAACUCUUUUACUUCCACCUCGUGCUCAAAGGGUUAAACCUCUAGUACAAGACAGUACGUACAUGUGCCGGUAUUUGAACGUUAAAAAGACAAAAGGUUGUACAACAGAUGUUACUUUAUGAAGUAAUGGAGAAUUCCACACGUUUUAUUUAUAAGCACUCUUGGUUGUUGUUUCAUAUCGUAGGAUGCCUUUGGAUUGGUAUUUCUUUCUUUUUUUUCUCUCUCUAAUUUACUCUCCCACAAUUCCGCACUGCAGCGUUAUCUUUUGGGGAUAUGAAAGGUAACCAUAGUUACCUCACCUCUGAUUGACAGUUCUGCUCCAUUUUUUUGGGCAGUUCAUUUGCUGAAGUAACUGACAGCUGCCAGUGUAAGGAAAUCUUAGGUGUAAAAUAUUGGCAUGUGAACAGCACAGACACUGUUAUGCAUUCUGUGCCGUGUUGUUGUUGUUGUUGUUGUUGACAAUGAAGCACCCAUUAUAUGACUUCAUAUAACCUUUUUUUUCUACUGCAGCAUUAAAAGGAAAACAUUUUUUUUUUUUUUGCAAUAACACUGUGUGUCGUGGCUCACGAUUAUGUAGGUGCUGUGCGUUUUCUAAUGAGCACAUUAAACUGAAAAUUGUUUCUGG